GUCAGAAUCUGCGCGCGCAGUUUACAUUCAUUUUUGCCAAGUGUUGAGAACGACACCCGGUUUCUGCAUUUCAACAUAUUGAAUACUUCUUAACCCAAGUCAAAUGACUUUGACCGAUGGGCAAUCAACGGGUGAGGUCCCUAAAUUUGUGGCCCCCGUAAUCCAAGACAACCCGACCGGAUGGGGGCCUUGCGAACUGCCCGACCAGUUCAGGGACAUGCCGUACCAGCCCUUCAGCAAAGGCGAUCGUCUCGGUAAAAUCAGUGACUGGACAGGAGCCGCCUUCCAAGACAAGAAAUAUGCCAAUAAGUAUGCGUCUCAGUUUGGGUCUGGUAGUCAGUAUGCGUAUUAUCAUGACGAAGACGAGAGCACUUUUCAUUUGGUCGAUACAACUCGCGUCCAGAAACCCCCGUAUCAAAGGGGGCGCUUCCGCGCAAAUCAACGCAAUUUGCGAGGACGCGGAGGCCGAGCUGGGAUGCAAGGCAGCGGCAUGCAGUCGCUUGGAAAAGGGGUUAAAGCGAGAGAUACGUACAAGAGGAGCCAGGUUAAGAAAUGGGGACAAGGACGGCCCCAAAUUAAGAUUAGGGAUGCUUCUGUUACGGUCAAACCGGAUUGGGUCACUAUUGAGGAAAUGGACUUCCCUCGUUUGGGAAAACUGUCGCUACCCAACGUCAAAGAUGGUGAGGACGUUAUUUGUUGUGGCGAGUUGGAGUACUAUGACAAGUCAUAUGAUCGUGUUAACGUGAAGAAUGAGAAGCCAUUGCAAAGUGUCAAUCGUAUCUUCCAUACGGUUACAACCACUGAUGACCCGAUUAUCCGUAAAUUGAGUAAAACCGAGGGCAAUGUAUACGCCACUGAUGCGAUCCUUGCGACUAUCAUGUGUUGCACUAGAUCCAAUUAUUCCUGGGACAUCGUGAUUGAAAAAAUCGGCGAUAAACUCUUUUUUGAUAAGCGUGACAACACAGAGUUUGAUCUUCUAACGGUCAAUGAAACAUCCGUAGAGCCCCCACAAGACGAUGGCAACUCUUUAAACUCUCCAAGAAACUUGGCCUUAGAAGCGACUUUUAUCAAUCAUAAUUUCAGUCAACAGGUUUUAAGGACAGGUUCCGGCGAACCUCGCUUCAAGUUCGACAAUCCAAACCCCUUCAUUUCUGAAGAGGAAGAAGGCGAGGUUGCUAGUGUAGCCUACAGAUACCGCAAAUAUGACCUAGGGGGCGGAAUUUUCUUGGUUGUCCGUUGUGAACACGACGCCGUGGUUCAGUCCCCCAACGGCGAGCUUCAAUUCCUCUCAAUUAAAGCCUUAAACGAAUGGGAUUCCAAACUGGCCAAUGGUGUCGAGUGGCGCCAAAAACUGGACACUCAAAGGGGUGCCGUUUUGGCUAAUGAGCUCCGUAACAACGCUUGCAAGUUGGCCAAGUGGACCGUUCAAGCCUUGUUGGCCGGCAGUGACCAGAUUAAAUUCGGUUAUGUCUCCCGUGCUCAUGUCAGGGAUAAUAGCAAACAUGUUAUUCUGGGUACCCAGCAGUAUAAACCGCACGAGUUUGCCACUCAGAUUAAUCUGAAUAUGGAUAAUGCGUGGGGGAUUCUGCGGUGUAUCAUCGAUAUUGUCAUGAAGCAGAAAGAUGGAAAGUAUUUGAUUAUGAAAGAUCCGAAUAAGCCGAUGAUCCGGUUGUACGAUAUUCCGGAUAAUACGUUCGAAUCGGACGGGGAGUCAGAAUCGGAGGAUGAGGUGCCCCCAGAUUCGGUGACUUUCCAAACGCUUUAUCCGUACGCGAAUAGUGCGAAACGCUAAGUUUUGUAUUUUUGUUUUGUAUUAGCGAAAAGCAAGAAAUAAAAUUGUCAAUAAUUGACAGUCAUUAAACAGA